AUGGCAACAGACGCGGAUGUUGAUAUGGGAGGUGCUCCAACAGCCUCUGAUGACAUUCUAAAUGUUCCCCCAAGCGGAACGAAAAGAAACGCCGGUGGGCAGCCUAUUGAAAAUUUACCCGCAAAAAGUGAUGCGCCUCGCAGGAUCAGGGCACUUGACCCAAACGUGGUGAACAAAAUUGCUGCUGGUGAAAUUAUUGUGGCUCCUGUUCAUGCUCUCAAGGAACUCAUCGAGAAUGCGGUUGAUGCUGGUGCGACCUCUCUGGAUGUCCUCGCCAAGGACGGAGGUCUCAAGCUGCUCCAGAUAACGGACAAUGGUUGUGGUAUCCAGAAAGAAGACUUGGCCAUUCUUUGUGAGCGUCACACGACAUCUAAAAUCACCAGCUUUGAAGAUCUGGCAGCCAUUGCGACAUAUGGCUUCAGGGGCGAGGCUCUUGCCAGUAUCAGCCACAUCGCCCAUCUCUCCGUGACCACCAAGACGAAAGACUCAGACUUGGCAUGGAGGGCCCAUUACCUUGAUGGGAAGCUUGCUCCGACAAAGCCUGGCCAGUCCGCAGAGCCCAAAGGUGUUGCAGGUCGUCCUGGGACACAAAUCACAGUGGAAGACCUAUUCUAUAAUAUACCAACUCGAAGAAGAGCCUUUCGUUCGCCGGCUGAUGAGUUCAACAAGAUCAUCGAUAUGGUCGGUCGGUACGCUGUGCACUGCAAAGGCGUUGGAUUCGCUUGCAAGAAGGCAGGCGAAGCCUCCACAAAUCUAUCGAUACAAACUCAGGCAACUGUCAUUGAUCGCAUUCGUCAAAUCCACGGUAGCGCCGUGGCUAACGAGCUUUUGGAAUUCUCAGUCGCUGAAGACCGUUGGGGUUUCAAAGCUGAGGGUUUCACAACCAACGCAAAUUACUCCGUCAAAAAGACAACACUUCUGCUAUUCAUCAACCAUCGAUGUGUAGAAUCAACCCACAUAAAGAAGGCAAUCGAGCAAACCUAUGCUAAUUUCUUGCCUAAGAACGGCCAUCCAUUCAUCUACCUUAGUCUUGAAAUCGAACCAGCACGGGUGGAUGUCAACGUUCAUCCAACAAAGAGAGAGGUUCACUUUCUCAACGAAGAUGAGAUAAUUCAAUCUAUAUGUGACCAUAUUGAGUCUAAACUUGCGGCAGUGGAUACAAGCCGGACGUUCAUGACACAGACUCUUCUUCCUGGUGCAAAAGUGAUCGAUUCCACCCCACAAAUAGAAAGUGACGGCACGCCGAGUCGAAGAACUCCGGCAUCAAAGAAGCGAAGAUACUCGAAUGACCUAGUGAGGACGGAUACAACUGAGCGGAAGAUUACAUCCAUGUUUGCCCGAGCUGGCCCAAGCGAGUCGACUGGCUCUAUGGACCGCACAGCGGAUACAAGUGCUGCCCCUGAAGCUCAGGAAUACGAGAUAGUCGACCGCGAACUGGUGCAAUGCCGACUGAACAGCGUGAAAAAGUUGAGAGAUGAAGUCAGGGAAAAUAUACACCACGAUCUGACCGAGAUAUUUUCCAACCAUACUUUUGUCGGUAUCGUGGAUGAGCAAAGACGGCUGGCAGCAAUCCAAGGCGACGUCAAACUGUAUCUGAUCGAUUACGGCCGAACUUGCUACGAGUAUUUCUACCAACUGGCCCUUACAGAUUUUGGUAAUUUUGGUGCCAUCAAGUUCAACCCGUCAUUGGACCUUCGCGAGCUACUUCAAGGCGCAGCCCAAAUGGAGAAGUUAUCUAUAGCCUCGCCGGAGGAUGAUUUCGAAGUCGAAACCUUGGUAGACCGGGUGGCGGAUCAGCUCAUUGAGCGUCGCGAGAUGCUUCUUGAGUACUUCUCUCUCGAGAUAUCACCUGCUGGCGAACUAGUUUCAUUACCACUCCUAUUGAAGGGAUACACACCACCUCUCGUUAAACUCCCUCGUUUCCUCCUCCGCCUUGGCCCUAACGUUGACUGGACUGAGGAGAAGGCCUGCUUUGACUCUUUCAUACGGGAACUAGCCACCUUUUACGUCCCAGAACAAUUGCCAAGUUUGCCUGGUGACGCAGACAGUAUUCGUGAGGAGGAUAUCCCAGAAGAGUUGCGGGCAAGGCGGCAACAUAUCAGACACGCUAUUGAGCAUGUCUUCUUUCCAGCAUUUAAAGCGAGAUUGGUAGCGACCAAGUCGCUGAUGGAAGAUGGAGUUCUGGAGGUUGCAAAUCUGAAAGGCCUCUAUCGGGUUUUUGAGCGGUGUUAA